AUGGCUUCACAAACCCAAACAACCACUUCCACUGUGCACCUCCCUGCGAGCAAAGAAAAUGGCGCUAUUGUGUCUCCAACGGCCGAGGAUACACUCCUCGCCAAUCUAGAAUCGAACCACACCAAACCACUAUGGGCACAGAUGGCCAAACUCAACCCGCCUCUUCCAAACCCCACAGCGGUGCCACAUCUUUGGGACUACCAGAAGAUCAGACCAGAUCUACUGCGUGCUGGGGAGUUGAUCACUGAGAAGCAGGCCGAACGGAGGGUGGCCAUGUUAGUUAAUCCGGCGCGAACUGCACCAUACACAACAGACACCCUCUACGCCGGUCUCCAACUGGUUAUGCCCAAUGAAACGGCCCCUGCUCAUCGCCACACAGCUUUUGCUAUGCGCUUCAUUAUCGAAGGCCAAGGCGGCUUCACUGCCGUUCAUGGUCGACGUAUUGGCAUGACCCGUGGCGAUGUCAUUCUGACACCUACAUGGAACUGGCACGACCAUGGAAAGGACGGAUCUGGGCCGAUGAUCUGGCUCGAUGGGCUAGAUCUCCCCAACUUCGUACAUUUCCCGGUGCACUUUGUGGAGCACUACCAAGAGAGCAGGUAUCCUGCCAAGGACGUGGACACGAGUGCGAGCCCGAUUGUGUUCCCAUGGGCGAGGAUGAAGAAGUCCCUUGACGAGGAAGCAGGCGACUGGACGGUGAAGAGGUACCUGAGAGCUGAUGGGAGUGAGGUUUCGAAGACAUUGGGUGGGUGCGCCGAACGUUUAGAUCCUGGGAAACAGUCGCCUGCUGUGCAGGAGACGGCUUCGUCUGUCAACCAUGUGAUCGAGGGGUCCGGUUACACCAUCAUCAAUGGUGAGAAGUUAGUGUGGAAGAAAGGGGACACUUUCUGCAUUCCUGCGUGGUAUAAGUACCAGCACUUUGCGGAUGAGGGGGAAACGGUAUACUUGUAUCGUUUUGACGAUAAGCCCAUGUUGAACGCGCUGGGAAUGUACAGGACUGAUGAGACGGAUAUUGCAACUUUAGCGACUCCACAUUAA